AUGACUGAUUCAAUUCUCAUCCAGCAUGGCACUGUCAUCUCCAUGGACCCCGCUCUCGGAAUCAUCCGUGACUGCGACAUCCUGAUCGAGGGCAACACCAUAGUCAAAGUCUCGCCCAACAUCACUGUCCCGGACGCAUCCACCACACGCAUCAUCGACGCAACCAACUGCCUAGUCUCGCCAGGCUACGUCGACUGCCACCACCACCUGUGGCAGCAGCUGCUGCGGUCGAUCGGCAGCGACUGGUCUUUGAUGGACUACGCGCUGAUCAUGCGGACGUGCUUCGGCAGCCUGUACACGGCCGACGACGUCUACACGGCCAACUACGCCGGCGCCGUCGACCUGCUGCACAACGGCAUCACGACCGUCGUCGACCACUGCCACAUCCUCAACUCGCCCAGCCACGCCGACGCCGCCGUCCGCGCCCUCAAGCACGCCCGCAUCCGCGGCGCCUUCUGCUACGGCCUCUACGCCAACCCGCCACUCAACACCACCCACCACCCCGAUGCAGCCGCCAUCAACACGGCUGACCCGGCCUUCACCCCCGCCGCCCGCCGCGACGACCUGCGCCGCGUCCUGGCCCAGCACUUCGCCACCACCAGCGACGGCGGCGCCAGCAACACGUGGGAAUCCAGCCUCCUCGUCUGCGGCCUCGCGACCAACGAGCCCGAGACGGCGGGCGCCGCCGGCAUCGCGGCCGAAAUCGCCUUCGCGCGCUCUGCGGACCUGCGCCUGCCGCUCAUCACGUCGCACGUCGCCAUCGGGCACUACGACAUCUCGCGCGCGCAGGUCGUCCAGCACCUCGGCGACAACCACGAGCUGGGACCGGACCUGCUCUUCUCGCACGGCGCGGCGUGGACGGAUGCGGAGUGCGCGCUGCUGGCGCGGAGCGGCGCGGGGGUGGUGUCGACGCCCGAGACGGAGUUGCAGAUGGGGAUGGGGCAUCCGGUUGCGUUUAGGGUGGGGGGUGAGCCAUUUGGGUGCACGAAGGUGGGGUUGGGGGUGGAUGUGACGUGCAGUCAGAAUAACGAUAUGGUGGCGCAGGCGAGGUUGUUGCUGCAGGCGCAGCGGGCGAGGGAUAGUGAGGAGAGGUUUAAGAAGGGCAAGAAGCCGCCGUUGAAGUGUCCGCGUAAGGCGGUCGAUGUGCUGAGGUUGGCGACGCAGGGGGGCGCGGAUGCGCUGGGGAUUGGACAUUUGGUGGGCAGUCUGACGCCGGGGAAGAGGGCGGAUGUCGUGGUUACGGCGUGUGACGGCUUGGGCAUGGUGCCGGCGGUGGAUCCGGUGGGCAUGCUGGUGUGCAAUUCGAAUGCGUCGGAUAUACGGACCGUGUUGGUGGAUGGGAGGGUGGUUAAGGAUGAGGGGAAGUUGGUUGGUGUCGACUGGGAGGCGUUGAGGGAAGACGUCAGGAAGAGGUCUGAGAGGCUGGUCAGAGCGAGUCAAGUCAUUGUGCCGGAGUUGAUGAAAGGCAUCUCCAAGGAGGAAGACGACUUUGAAGAGACUGUGAAGAAGCUUACUGAGGCUCUGGCUAUGGGCGCUAAGGGCAAUCUUUAG